CCGUUGAACAACAUUGACGGCAGUUGAUCGGUGCAGGUGGUCGCGUUUGGUGGUAAAAUUGAACGAAUUGAACAAAUAAAUGGGAUGGUUGAAAGGUUUAACACUUUCAAUGUGCAAUUUGUUUGUGUGACUGCAAUAACGCGUCACAGUUACAAGACUGAACACACUGUAAAACCUCCGGAAUAACCGAAACACGGCUUAACAAGUAUUACGGACAGCAGCAACGGUGAAUACACCUGGGAGUAAAAGUAAAAGUGUGAACCUGUGGAAAGUUGUACACAUGUAAAUGAGAAGGAUGAAGCUAUUUAGUUUUAUUCUUUCCACUGCAUUAGAGCAUAUACUCUAAUGCUAUACUGUCUAGAGUAACAGUGAGUGUUCCCGAUGAGGGGAAAGUGAACCGACCGAUUUAUAUGUGUAUAGUUUAUACAGACUAUAGGCGGAAAGCCCCGGCUGGGAUUGAAGGAAGAAGCAUAACGUUGCGGCUCUGACGAGGAGUGAAAAGGACGAUAAAGUAAUGAACAUCAGCACAUUAAGACCAGUGUUAUUAGCACUGUUAUUUUACCUCUAUACAACACCCUUGGCAGAAUCGUCGGAAGUCACAGUGAUUACCGAUCCUAAGUUCAGUGCCCCAAUCGCUAAUGUGACGGCAGCCGUAGGAAGGGAAGCCACUCUCACGUGUGUCGUUCAUGACCUAGGUGCUUAUAAGGUAGCGUGGCUGCGAGUGGACACACAAACUAUACUGACGAUCCAGAACCACGUGAUAACCAAGAAUAAGCGUAUUGGAAUCAUAUACACGGAGAAGAAGACAUGGCAGCUGCGAAUACGCGAUAUUCGGGAGAGUGACAAAGGCUGGUACAUGUGUCAGAUCAAUACCGAUCCGAUGAAGAGCCAGAUGGGAUAUUUGGAUGUUGUAGUACCUCCGGAUAUUUUGGAUUAUCCUACCAGCACGGAUAUGGUAGUCCGCGAAGGAAGCAACGUCACUUUACGAUGUGCCGCAACGGGAUCUCCCGCACCGACUAUUGUUUGGCGACGAGAGGGCGGUGACAAUAUCUCGCUGCAGGAUGUUCUAUCAGUCGAGGGACCGACGCUGAGCAUUCCUAAAGUAAACCGAUUGCACAUGGGAGCAUAUUUAUGCAUUGCAUCGAAUGGAGUGCCACCAUCAGUUAGCAAGCGGGUUAUGCUGAUCGUUCACUUUCCUCCCAUGAUAUGGGUGCCGAACCAAUUAGUAGGAGCCGUCGAGGGCCAACGAAUGACGCUCGAGUGUCACUCGGAGGCUUAUCCUAAGUCAAUCAAUUAUUGGACUCGCGAAAAGGGGGAUAUCGUCCCACAAGGUGGCAAAUACGAACCGGUUCUUAUAGACAACGCAUACAAAGUGGUGAUGAAGCUGAGCAUCAAGGUUGUGAGCCAGGCGGAUUUCGGAGCCUACAAGUGUAUCGCUAAAAAUUCCCUGGGGGAAACCGAUGGCACUAUCAAACUCUACAAACUACCAAAAAGUGCCAUCAACUCGGUUGACUCGUAUGAGGGGCGAAGAAAAAAUAAAUCACGAAAGAGUCACACCUUCUACGAAACCAAUGAUGUUAUCGACGAUGAUGCGGAAAGCACAAGCAAAAGAAAAGAUUUGAUCGUUGGAGGAAGAAAUGACGAAAGCUAUGAAAUAUCCAGCUCAACCGCAACCUGGCUGCUGCCUUCCAAACUGAAUGUAUUGUUAAUUGUGCCAUUUGCAUUACUUUGGUUCGCCUUCCUGCCGACAGUAUGACGCUUAUAAUGAAUGGGCUACGAAUGUGUUAAGAAAUAAGAAUACUUAUCCAUGAAUAGUUGUUUCUUGGAAAGAAGAAGAAGUUGAAUGACUGAGAUCGCUUGUACGUUUAGCUGAAUUAUUUAUUGUAUUACAAUAAGGAAGCAGAAAAAACAUUGUACAUAGCACAAAACGUUGAAUGGAGAGUAUUCGUGAAACGAAAGCAAAAAAAUGAAACAUAUCGUUAGGUUAUUUGGAUGCUAUACUAUAAAUGCUAGGGAAUCAAUAAUUAUGUGCUGAAAUUUACUUUACAAUUACUCUAGAAAAAAAAACAAACGAUGGGCCGUUUGUAGAAAGCAUUGCUAUAAAAGACAUACGGGGACUAUGAUAUAGAUAUUUGUUAAGGCUAACGUCAGAUAUAAUAGGGAUUAUUCCCAUGAAUGUCGGAGGUUAGCGACAUAUCAAUGUAAAUGUUACAAUUACCGUACAUAGUCUAUAAAUAACACAUAUGAAGAACAAUAAAACGCACGUGUUUUUAUUUUCGCUCUGAAAGCUAUUGUGCAUGUAACUAUUUCAAAGUGUUAAAUGCGAAUGGCUCGUUAAUUUUUCGUCUCCGUUCCGCGUUUUAACCUAUUUUGGUGUAU